AUGGCGACUCCCAACAAUGUUACUCCCACCAACUGCAGCUGGUGGCCCAUUUCAGCCCUGGAGAACGAUGCAGGCAAAUCCAUGGAGACCGAGGGAAUCCAGGACCCGGCACACCCUGCUUUCCGAUCCAAGGACAGGCUGGUUUUGUAUCACUGGACCCAGUCAUUCAGCUCACAGAAGCAGCUGCAAGUCCGCCUGGUCAUCGCAGAAAAGGGGUUGCCAUGUGAGGAGCGGGAUGUUAGUAUGCCACUGACUGAGCACAAAGAGCCCUGGUUCAUGCGGCUCAAUCUUGGGGAAGAGGUACCCGUGAUCAUCCAUGGAGACAACAUUAUCAGCGACUACAAUCAGAUCAUCGAUUACAUGGAAAAGACUUUCACAGGAGAAAAUGUUGCCCAGCUAAUUCCAGAAGCGGGAAGCCUCCUUCAUUCCAGAGUGAUGCAGUACAGAGAGCUCCUGGAUUCCUUGCCCAUGGAUGCUUAUACGCACGGAUGCAUCCUUCACCCAGAGCUCACCACAGACUCCAUGAUUCCAAAGUAUGCUACAGCCGAGAUCCGCAGGCAUCUAGUGAAUGCCAGCACGGACCUUCUGAAGUUAGACCACGAAGAGGAGCCACAGUUAACAGAGCCAUAUCUUUCCAAACAGAAGAAACUCAUGGCCAAAAUCCUGGAACACGACAAUGUGAACUACUUGAAGAAAAUCCUGGGUGAGCUGGGAAUGGUGCUAGAUCAGAUUGAGGCCGAGCUGGAGAAGAGGAAAAUCGAAUACCAAGGACAGAAGUGCGAACUCUGGCUAUGUGGAUGUGUUUUCACCUUGGCUGAUAUCUUGCUGGGAGCCACCCUGCACCGCCUCAAGUUUCUAGGACUCUCUAAGAAAUACUGGGAAGACGGCAGCAGGCCCAACCUACAGAACUUCUUUGAAAGGAUACAAAAACGCUUUGCCUUCAGGAAAGUUUUGGGAGACAUACACACCACCCUUCUCUCGGCCGUGGUACCGAACGCCUUCAGGCUGGUCAAACGGAAACCCCCGUCCUUUUUCGGCGCCUCCUUCCUCAUGGGAUCUCUAGGGGGGAUGGGGUAUUUUGCUUAUUGGUAUCUAAAGAAAAAAUACAUCUAA